UGGGGAGCCACUAAGGCUCGUAGCCAUGGGUGUAUUGCUGGGGGGCUGUUAGCGUGGGGGGGCUACGAGCCAUAGAGUCUGCUGGCCAUGGUGUAUUGUUGCUGGAGGGCUGUCACUAAUACAAAGGGGCUGUUAGCAGGGGUGGGCUACCAGCCACAGAGCCUCGUAGCCGUAGGUGUGGUGCUGGUAGGGUGCUGCCUGCCAUACUCCAUGGGCAGGGGGGUGGUCUGCUGGGGGGCUCCCAGCCAUUGGGGUUGGUAGCCAUGGGUGUAUUAUCUAUGGGGGCCACUAGCCACAGGACGCUGCUAGCCAGGGGGGUGCCAGCCGUAGGGGUUGGUAGCCAUGGGGUGAGGAGCUGAGAGCCCCCUCCAUCCCAGUGAGUUUGGGAGCACUGGGACCUAUUGGCACCCUGAGCAUCCCUGGGGUCACCCUGCAUCCUCCUCCCGCACCCAUAGGGUAAAGAUGGUGGGGGGUAAAGGCCAAUGCAGGAGUCCCUGCUCGGCUGUCACCUCCCAGGGGCGGUCCCACGAGCCAGCCUUUGUCUCUCAUCUCCCAAGCUGAGGAGCUGCGGAUCGCACGGAGAUGCUCGGGGGGGGGGGAUUAUCGGACCCAUUUCUCCUCCCGGAGUGGAUUUGUGGAUGUCUGUGAAUCACAUAAACCCUCCGGUUUGCUUGAGGGGGAUGAGCUGUGCUCAUUAUUAACUGAAUCAGUCCCAGAGCUGCUCUAGGCUGCAAACCCCCUCGGACCCCAGAAGGGGUUAUUAUGGGCUCCCCACUCAGCACAGGAGCAGUGCCAUGGGGUUUGCAGCAAAAUGCUAUGGAAAGUGACACCGAGAGUGCAACAGCUCCGGGAUUCGGGUUUGCAGGGCAGGGUUUGCUCUGGGGUUGGGGUUGACAUCUCCAUGGGGUCCUGGGGAUGGGAACACCGGCUCACAGCACCGUGCUCAGCAUUGCAGAAGGACGCUGUCCUGCAAGAGGUGACAAGUGGCAGCAGAGUGGUGCAGGUGCCACUACCUCCCCCAAAUCUGGGACAGUUCCUGGAGCAGCGAUGCUCCUACAGUGUUUCCUGACCCUCCACGUCCUUAGGAUGGUUGCAGACCACCACCUUACUGGGUUAACCCAGUGCCACCAUGCCCAAUGCCACCACAUGGUCCCAGUGCCAGCCCCCUCCAGAUGAGGCCGUAAGGGAGCAGGACACCAAAAAGGGAAUUUUCCCAAGUAUGUUUUUUCAAGAAAUCAGGAAAUUCUUCAUUGGAAGCUGUGGUGUGUGGGGGCUGCCAGCCCCUGGGAUGGACACUGCUCGUGGGCUCCAGCACCAAUCCCAGCAGCUCCUUUCAGCGUCACCCCAUGUGCUGAGACCUCCCCUUUCCCAAUCCAUCCAGGCUGUGCUUCCCGAUACAGCUUGCAAUCCCACAGCACCCCAAAACCAUAUGUUUUAAGCUGACUCUCCCCUGAAAAGCUGGGGAAAUACCUCCAUUACCGUGUCACCUUGGGUUUGGGGGGGUGGUCCUGUGGGUCCAGGGUAGGGUUUGCCUAUGGAUGCUGUGCUGCACCUGACCCUAAAACCUGGUAAUGCGUGGGGCUGUGCCCCAUGGCACGUGAUAGAGGGAGUGAUGUUUGCUUGCUUUAGGGACCACGUGUGGGGUGGGAGAGGUGGGGAGGGAGGGGGAUGGCUUUAACACCCAGAGGAGGUGGUUGUUGCUCCGUGCUCAGUGUUAACCCCCUGCUCCUUGGUUGGGUGCAGCACCACCAAGAAGAGGAGAGCCCCGUGCCCUGCAGCAGCCAUGAAGACGGAGAAGGACGAAGCUCUGCCCCCCUUCUCCCUGGGGGGGAAAUACGCUGGGGAGGGGGCAGGCUGCAGCGAGGCAGUGCUGCCCAGCGGCCCCGUGCCAGCACUGGGGAGCGGAGGAGCCCCCCCAGCGCAGGACCUGCGGCUCCUAAAGCGCCGUCCAGCUCCAGGGAAGCAUUACGCUUGCUCCAGCUACGGCUGCAAAUUGGCCUUCCCCAGCAUGCAAGAGCUGAUGGACCACCUGAAGGUGCACUACAGACCCACGCAGUCCCUCGAGGGCAAAACCUUCCAGUGCCCCACGCUGGGCUGCACAGAGACCCUCCCCAGCAUGCAGGACCUCAUGGCCCACAUGAAGGUGCACUACAAACCCAACCGCUACUUCAAGUGUGAGAACUGCCUGCUGCGCUUCCGCACCCACCGCUCCCUCUUCAAGCACCUCCACGUCUGCUCCGACCGCGCCAGCAGCCCCGCACCGCCGCCCCAAAAGGCCGAGAAGCCCACCCCCCCCACCCAAGAGAAGGAACCCACGGCCAAACCACCCCCCGAGGGGCUGCCCAAGCCUCCCACCGUCAUCCGGCACACGGAGAAAGAAGCCAUCGCCACGGCCCCCGGCGCAGACACGGCCUCCAGCCUGCCCGAGCUGCCCGGCUCGCUGGAAGCGCUGCCGCUCGUCCCGCCGGCCCCGCACCCCUUCCCGCUGCUGGAACCCAACCUGUUUGGCCCUCCGACCUUGACUCGCUUCUCGGGGCCUCCUCCUCCUCCUCCUCCUCCCCCUUCCUCGGUGCCAUUCCUCUCCUACGUGCACCCCCCGGUGCCCUUCGGCCUGCCCACGGCCCAGCCCCGCCUGCGGCCCUGCGCUCCCGGCCAUGGCCCGUCAGCCUCCAACGCCGUCUGGAAGAAGAGCCAAGGUGAGCGCAGGCGGCCGUUAGGGCAAUGCUUCUUCUGCUCCCGGACCAGGACGCGACGACGGCCAGCGAGGAUCCCCCCUACGCCCCGUAGCCCACAGCCUGGAGCUGCCCACCCCCACCGCUCUCUGCCUCACCCCACCGCCGUUCCCUGCCUCCCCCCACCAAAUUGGGAAAGAAAAAUAACGAAAGCGACCACCAAAAUGCUCCAAAUUGGCCCGGCCCUGCUGCUCCCCCGCAUGCUGGGGUGCCAGGCCUGCCCCCCACAUCCCCCCCCACCCAGGGAGGGGAAGGCCUAAUGCUUGUCUCGCCCCUCGAUUCCCUCCGCAGGUGUGAGUGUCAGCCCACUCCUCCCAUGCUUUGGCUCAGGAGUGACUCCAGGGCACUCCUCCAACAGCCGCAUUGUGUGGGAGCACACGCGGGGCCGCUACACCUGCAUGCAGUGCCCUUACUCCACUGCCUCGCGGGAGGAGAUGACGCUGCACAUCGAGGAGCACCGCAAGAACCCGCCGUCAGCCGGGCGCUUGGACACAGACGUGGAUUUUGGGGUGAGCAUUGCCUCCUUCCACUCGAAGCUGACGCCAGAGAUGGAGAACUCCCUGUACUCGCAGCUCUGAGGAGCCCUGCUCCUGCUGGGCUAAGGGCACCACAUGCCCCACGCCACGGCCCUAGGACCCUGGGAGCAGCCCCCAGCCUCAGCACAGGCUGCCAGAGGGGGGUGGCAAUUUGUUGUUUUGGGUUUUUUUUUUUGUUUUUUUUUUUUUAAAAAGUCUCUCUCCCCUUUCUUUUUGAAAAUGCUAAGCCCCCCCAGGAUCCCUUGUGUCUCUCCCUUCCCUAGAAGUUCCAUUGCUCCAGCCCCAGGGGGUUGGGGGGAGCCCAGUGGACGCUCAGGAACAAGGUCUGGAAAUUAAUAAAUAGGAAUUGUACAGGA